AUGUCCGACGCACCAGCAGCAGCAGCAGCAGCAGCGAACACCCAGGCUGCCAACGUGCCCGACCACGUUGUCACGCUCGAGGUUGAUGAUGAGGUUGGCCAAAGCAUUGCUUCAUCCAGCACAAGCGUCUCUAGCUCCAUCCUCGACUACAGAAUCGAGAACGGCAGAACCUACCACAGGUACAAGGACGGAAACAUGCAACACCACCUGUUCUUACUCACCUACGACGACAAGCUUGGAACAGCCCCAAUCCACGAGCCGGGCAGGAAAGUGGGGAGGGUCCUCGAUGUGGGCACUGGAACCGGCAUCUGGGCCAUCGACUUUGGCGAGGAGCAUCCGGAAGCUGAGGUUCUUGGUAUCGACCUCUCCGCUAUUCAACCUGAAUUCACCCCUCCAAACGUGAAGUUCGAAAUCGACGAUCUCGAGGAGCCUUGGACCUACUCGAGACCUUUUGACUACAUUCACAGCCGAAUGAUGAAUGCUUGUGUCGCCGACUGGGGCGAAUAUAUCAAGAGAUGCUACGAUAAUCUCAACCCCGGCGGAUAUCUUGAGCUCAACGAGUGGGACGCCAUGCCUCUUUCCGAUGACGGAACCCUAGGCCCAGAUUCGUAUACAGCGAAGGCCCUUCCAGUUCUGAUGGGGGCACUUGAGGACAUGGGUCGCCCCUUUGUCGACGUCAAGACUCUCAAAUCAGUCAUGAUCGAAGCAGGCUUUGUCGACGUUACCAUGACCCAAUUUAAGUGGCCCCAGAACCCUUGGCCGAAGGAGACACGGCACAAGGAAAUAGCCUAUUGGGCCAACCAAAACCUGAACGACGGCUUAGAAGCCGUCUUCAUGGCUCCGCUCGCGAGGAGGCUUGAGUGGACGCGCGAAGAGGUGCUUGUGUUCCUGGUCGGCCUCCGCAAGGAGAUCAACAACAGAAGCAUUCACUCGUACAUAUCUGUGUAA